CAUCCGCUUUUUACGUGGUGCAGAUGGAAGCUCAAAUCCCAACCUCAACGGUCGCUUUAGAUUAAGCAGAUUUGAGAAUCAUGUUUUGUUAGUAAUUUUACUGAACGGUCGCCUUUGUUUGCCACGUGUGUGGUUGUGAAUGCCUAAAGUCUCUCAAGAGUUCAUCAAUUUCAAAGAGCUCGAGAUGAUUCACUUGAUUGUUCAUCUAUUUUGAGAGGAGGGUACAAGGUUGCUGCUAGAAUUUCACUUCUUCACACCCUCCUAAGCCCUUAGUUCCAUGGCUGCCACGGUUUCAACCAUUGGAGCUGUUAAUAGAACAACGUUAAACAACAGUAACUAUGGAGGUUUAGUGCCGAACUCAGCGUUCUUGGGCAGCAGGUUGAAGGUCAGUUCCAAAUCCACCACCUCAAAAAUGGUGAUUGGAAACUUCAAGAUUGUUGCUGAGUAUAAUGAGGAGAAGCAAACCGAGAAGGACAAAUGGCGAGGCCUUGCUUUUGAUACUUCUGAUGACCAGCAAGACAUUACCAGAGGGAAGGGAUUGGCGGAUCCCCUUUUCCAAGCUCCCAUGGGGACAGGAACUCACAAUGCUGUCUUGAGUUCAUAUGAAUACGUUAGUGCUGGACUUCGACAAUACAACUUCGACAAUAAUAUGGAUGGAUUUUACAUAGCUCCAGCUUUCAUGGACAAACUUAUGGUUCACAUUGUCAAAAACUUCAUGAACCUGCCAAACAUUAAGGUUCCUCUCAUUCUGGGUAUUUGGGGAGGUAAAGGACAAGGAAAAUCUUUUCAGUGUGAACUUGUAUUUGCCAAGAUGGGAAUCAACCCUAUUAUGAUGAGUGCUGGGGAAUUAGAAAGUGGGAAUGCAGGAGAGCCAGCAAAAUUGAUCAGGCAAAGAUACAGAGAGGCGGCUGAUAUUAUCAAGAAAGGGAAGAUGAGUUGCCUAUUUAUCAACGAUCUUGAUGCUGGAGCUGGAAGGUUUGGUGGAGCCACACAGUACACAGUGAAUAACCAGAUGGUAAAUGCUACUCUUAUGAACAUUGCUGACAACCCAACCAAUGUGCAGCUACCAGGCUUAUACAACAAAGAAGAAAAUCCCAGAGUUCCCAUCAUAGUAACUGGUAAUGACUUCUCAACUUUAUAUGCACCCCUCAUUCGUGAUGGUCGCAUGGACAAAUUCUAUUGGGCUCCAACUCGUGAAGAUCGUAUCGGUAUUUGCACUGGAAUCUUUAGGACUGACGGUGUACCGACAGAGGACAUUGUCAAACUCGUCGACACCUUCCCGGGGCAGUCGAUCGACUUCUUUGGUGCUUUGAGAGCUCGAGUUUAUGACAAUGAAGUGAGAAAGUGGGCUGCCGGUGUUGGAGUUGAGAGCAUUGGAAAAAAUCUUGUAAACUCAAAGGAAGGCCCCCCAACUUUUAAUCAACCAAAGAUGACACUAGAAAAGCUACUAGGAUAUGGCAACAUGCUCAUCAUGGAACAGGAGAACGUGAAGAGGGUUAAAUUGGCUGACAAGUAUUUGAAAGAAGCUGCUCUUGGAGAUGCAAAUGAGGACGUUGUUCAGUUUGAAACUUCUCAGGGUAAGCAACUUUUACAUUCAAACUCGUUUCUCCAUAAUUUGUUUUUUGAUUGUUCUUUUUACAAUUUUGAAGAAGUUGUUCUUGAAGAUGCAACUGAAAAUGUUGUUCAGUCAGAGACUUCUAAUGAAGCUGCUCUUGUGAAUGCAAAUGAAGAUACUGUUGAGGUUCUUAAAGAUACAAAUGAGGAUGUUGCUCAGUCAGGAACUUCUUAUGAAGUUUCUCUUGGAGAUGCAAACGAGGAUGCUGUUCAGUCAAAAACUUCUUAUGACGUUGCUGUCGAAGAUGCAACUGAGGAGGAUGUUGUUCAGUCAGGAAACUCUGAAGUGGCUCUUAUAGAUGCAAAUGAGGAUGUUUUUCAGUCGGGAACUUCUAAUGAAGCUGCUCCUGUAAUUGCAAACGAGGAUGUUGUUCAGACUGGAACUUCUUAUGAAUCAAUGGGGGAAGAGGAACGCAACAAGUUAAUAUCACUGUUCCUGAAGGCUGUACAGAUUCAUCUGCUAAAGACUAUGUCCCAACACUCAGAUUCGGCAACAAAAGCUUCCAGCACUGACUCUUAGGAAUUUUCUACAUGUACUGGUAUAUAUAUACAAAUGCGUUUUAAUGAAGCAAAUACUUUUGAGUUGCUUUUUCUCUAGUUAUGUAAAUCGUUACUGUUAUAAAACUUCACUGAAACCGUUGUAUCAAUUGAAUGAUAGACAAAAUUGGCAGUCAUGAAGGUAAUUCCAAUCCAUUUCUUAA